CCUCCUUCUCGAUAUCAACCACACCAAUCCUCCAUCCUAACAGACCCUUCAAUCCCAGUAUGGAUAUUCUUCGCCCUGGCCGCCCUUGACAUCGCCGCAAAUGCAGCCGCCGGUCCCGCAGCCGUAGCAACAGCUAUCCACGUCAGCGGCGGGGUGCUCACCGCGCGGGCACUGCAAUUAGGUGCCCUAGCCGGAGUCACCAAGUCCGGGGUUCUAGCAUUCGUGGAGUUCAUUGCAUACGCGGGGAUACCGACUCCGGCGUGGAUGCUUCUUAUUUUACUAGGCAGUAGUUUUGGAAUCUGUGUGCUAGUCACCGCGGAGAUUAGUAACCUCGUCCUCGGGGAGACGCCGAGUGGGUUGUUGAUUGCAGCUGUUGUCGCUGCUAUACCGUUGGGUGGAGAAUGUAUCGGGAUAUAUCAAUCGGCUGGAGGCUUAACAGGCGGUAAACCACAAGUCCAGAUCUUCAUCAUGGGCCUCGACGCUCUGGGUGGCUACGUGUUUGCUCGAAUGGCCCACAACGAAGGCUACGACAUUUGCGCUUACAACGUCGCUGCCGCCGCCGGAGCUGUCUACGGUGUCAUCACUGGAUUCUUUCACACCGUGAUAGGGUGUAUGGCUGGAUUCACGCAUACAACUAGUACGAAUGGCCACUACGUGACGACGAAUAUUUUCGGGACGACGUCGGGAUAUGAUGAGAAUUGGCAGCGAAAUACGUUUUGGUAG